CAAGAGAGGAACAGCAUCAGCAACGCACGUCCCAAGAGAACAUCACAUUUGAAAUGGACUAAAAUACUUCAGGAUUAAAGAAACAUCUGUCUAAGUUUAGUCAUGCAGGAGAACCCAGGUUCUAUAGGUGUGGAUGGAGGAUAUGCCAGCAAUGUACCUGCUUUCCUCACUAAACUGUGGACUCUAGUAGAAGACCCAGAAACCAAUCAUCUGAUAUGCUGGAGCACAACUGGCACCAGCUUCCAUGUUUUUGACCAGGGCAGAUUUGCCAAAGAGGUUCUGCCCAAAUACUUCAAGCACAAUAACAUGGCAAGCUUUGUGCGACAGCUCAACAUGUACGGCUUCAGGAAGGUGGUUAAUAUUGAGCAGAGUGGGCUGGUGAAGCCAGAGAGAGAUGACACAGAGUUUCAGCAUCUCUAUUUCCUCCAGGGCCACGAGCAUCUGCUUGAACACAUUAAACGCAAGGUGUCAAUAGUAAAGAGUGAGGAGACCAAAGUGCGUCAAGAGGACUUGAGUAAGCUGCUUUAUGAGGUGCAGGUGCUACGCAGCCAACAGGAGAACAUGGAGAUGCAAAUGCAGGAUAUGAAACAGCAAAAUGAUGUUCUGUGGAGGGAGGUGGUGUCACUGAGACAGAACCACACACAGCAGCAGAAAGUUAUGAACAAGCUGAUUCAGUUCCUGUUCAGCCAGAUGCAGACCAACGCCCCCAGCACUGUGGGAAUGAAGAGAAAGCUCCCUUUAAUGUUGGAUGAGGGCUGCUCCACCCCUCCCGCCUCCAAAUUCAGCCAUAGUCACUCCAUGGAGUCCUUGCAAGAAUCCUUCUAUAUCCAGUCGCCAUCCACAGAAACGGCAUCCUGCUCCACUAGCAGUGCAAUGUCAGGAGGGCCAAUGAUCUCUGAUGUCACUGAAAUGUCACAGUCUGGAACCAUGACUUUGCAAAUGCAGGCAGAGGAAUCAAGGGAAAAGUGUCUGAUGCUGAUUAAAGAAGAGCCAGUAAGUCCUGGGGUGCAGGGACGAGGGGAAGUUGUACCACUUGGCUCUUGUGGGGUGUGUGCUGAGCCCCCUGUGCUCCCUGUUGCCAUGGUACAGUCCGUUCUAGAGGGCAGAGGAUCUAGCUUGGGAGAGAGAAGGGCCAAAAGACCCAUGCUGGAGAGACCAGAGAUGCCUGAUGGUGUGGAGAACGUAGAUAUGAGCCUGGAGGAUCUACAGUUGCUUCUGAGGAGUCACCAGCAGAGCAUGGAACCCAAUGCUGCAGCAAUGGAUCCCUUCACAUUUAAUCUGCCUUUAAAUGAGUGGAACUUCUCAGAAAUGGACCCAAACCUCAAAUCAGAAUUGGCUAAUGCCCUCAUGCCUGGUGCUGUGUCCCAGUACAUGCUUCAGGGUCAGGAGGGAGAGGCCUUCCCCACUACUGGCUAUGAAGGACAAUGAAGCCCUGAUACAACAGCCAGCACAAAUCCCUCCUGAGAGACGAUCAGAGGGGCCAAUUUGAAAGCAUGUCACUUGGAUUGCACAUAAACUAUACAUCCGAAGAGAAGGCUCAAAUUGAUUUGGACAGUAGAUGAGGAGGUGACGUACUCCAUCAAAUACACUUUAACUGACCAGCCCUUUAUGAAGAUGAUUAGUCACUUAAUAGCCCAUUGUUAGAAGAUUUUGUGUAUAUAUUCCAUGGGAUUCAACUCUUUGAACAUGAGAUAUUUACAGUAACACUUACUCAAAGCCCAAGGAGUUAAGGCAACAUCAAGAUUGUUUUGAAGAACUUUUUUAUCCAAUGAUAUAAUGCAAAUACCUUACAUCCUUUGGACACUUCUAAUGCCAAUGGAAAAAGGAAUAUGAUGAGGAGUAUUUCCCACCCCUACUGCAGGUGAACUGUAUGCAUUAUGAUGUAAAUCACUGUGGCCCAAGUUUGAAUGCACUUUAGUCUGUGUGUUUGAGUUCUGCUUUGUGGAGCUGUGAUUUAAUUUUUCCUGAAUAUUUAACUGUAAAAAUAUGAAUAUAAUUAGUUCAGAUUGACUAUAAUGAAGCAUACAUGUAUUUAAAUAUAUAUUAAGACAUAUAAAAGUACUGGUUUAAUCAUAUCAUGUACAUUUAAAUGUGAGAGGUCUAGGGGUAAAAAUCAGACCUCGCAUAUGCGAUCGAAAACUGAAAUGAUGCACUGCUUUUUGCACAAUUUAAUGUCUUUAUUUUCUCAAUAAUAUUCUGGUAUCCAAAAUAUACUAAUAAGACAUCAAGUAUCUUUGUAUCAAUUUAUCUUUUAGUUGAUCAACUAGGCUUAUGGAAUUUACAGUUGUCUUUGGUACACUUACAUGAUAUAUUGUGUGAUAUUUGCCCUUGUUUGAUACAAAUGUAUUGACCACAUUGGUUAUAGAUGCUAAAAAAAGCACUUGUUGACGCCUUUGACAUGAGCACUAUACUUAUGUACUAUAUAAAUAUUUAGCUAUUCAUUAUUUUGUGUAUUCUAAUUUGAAAUUUUCAGUUGACUGUUUUUAAACCCAAACUAGAUGAUAGAAAAUGGAUAUAGAUAUAUAUAACAAUGAUAGUGCCUAAGGCUUUUAUGUGUUUAUUCUUCCUGCCAAACUUAAUUUAUGUAAUGAGGGUGACACAUGAACACACAACAUACAAUAACAUUUCAAAUAAGGCCAUAAUGCACUUUGUUAUUACAGGGCAGCCAUGUAGCAAUGCAAAAUACCCUAGAUCUCUUACAAAUGUGUAGAAUUUCAAGUGCAAUACUGUUGCAUUGAUUUGUUUGAUUUCUCAACUCUGCAAUAUUUUUGCAUUGUUUUUCUUUUCCAAGGAUGCAACAUGGUUCAUGUGACUUGAUGAAUUAUGAAAACUAUAAAAAAGGAUAGAAUAAAAGAAAUUGCACUAAGAGUGGUAACUGUGUUAGAAAUAGGUUUUAUUCAGUGUUAGUUUAAUCUCUUAAUUUUUUUUUCACUAUACCAUUAAGAGCAAUAAAUAAAUGGUUUAUUUUGAGAAGGGUGCUUUUUCACAGAGGUUGAAAGUUUCCUCUUUUGUUAUGUGAUUACUUGCACUGGAUAUAAAUGAAUGUAGAUUAACCCAGUAAGACACAAACAUGUUAAGAAAGAAAGCAGCAGUGAUGCAUUAUGUGAAAAAAUAUGUA